AUGAGCUGUAAAUACGACACCGCUGAGGGUUGCGAAACGGCACGGUCAGUCUGUUCGUGGUUCAGUAGUGAACGAACGGUGGAACCACUUGCUUUGUGCCGCGUGCAAGCCUUCUCGCGACCUUGGGGUUCACUUCUAUUAGACAUGUUGGCGUCUAUUUUCAUCUAUCUAGUCUACUACAUGGUCUACACCGUCUUACUUGCCAUAGCGGGCUUGUGGUGUUUCGAAGACUGCGUCCUAACGGAAGAAGAAGAAUAUGAAUUUAUCAACCACCAUCGGGCGAUGCCCUAUUGA